AUGAUGUCCCUUUCAAGGACCGUUGCGCCGCGUGCGCUGCGAGCAGCGCAAGCGACCCCGUUCCUCCUCCGCGCCACACCAUCAGCCAGCAUUUCUUCCUCGGCUUCAAAGUCUGCUACCUCAGUGCCAGCUCCUGCUCAGACGUCCAGCGAUCCUUCGCGGCUACCUGUCACUGGCGGCCGACGACGCGAAGUACCCCUCGCUUCGCAGGAGCCGAAGAAGGGUGCUAUGCAAUAUGCCCUCACAACACUCGACCAGGUCGCCAACUGGGCUCGUCAAGGCUCAUUAUGGCCCAUGACAUUCGGUCUGGCUUGCUGUGCCGUCGAGAUGAUGCAUCUAUCAACGCCCCGGUACGAUCAGGAUCGACUUGGUAUAAUCUUCCGUGCAUCACCCCGACAGAGUGAUGUGAUGAUUGUGGCAGGAACUCUCACCAAUAAGAUGGCGCCGGCCUUGCGACAGGUUUAUGAUCAGAUGCCAGAUCCCCGGUGGGUCGUCAGCAUGGGCAGCUGUGCCAACGGUGGCGGUUACUAUCACUACAGCUACAGUGUUACCAGAGGUUGCGAUCGUAUUGUGCCGGUGGAUAUUUACGUGCCUGGAUGCCCGCCCACUGCUGAGGCUCUGAUGUAUGGCAUGUUCCAGCUACAGAAGAAGAUGAGGCACACACGCAUCACGAGAAUGUGGUACAGAAAGUAG